CGCCUCUCCGCUUCCCACUGGGGCAAGGAUUUCCAGUCUACUCGGCCUCUCGGACGGCUUUGGCACUACCCACAACUCCAUCCUCAUCCGCGCACCCGCAAUGGCAGAGCCAACCACUUUCCCCGCCCCGGCCACGGACCUCACCGUCCUCCUCCUUGGCUCGGGCGGCCGCGAGCACGCGCUUGCGUUCAAGCUCGCCCAGAGCCCUCGUGUCAAGCGUGUCCUCAUUGCUCCCGGCAACGCUGGCACCGCUCUUAUCGGCGGCAAGGCCCAGAACGUCGAGGUUCCUUGGGGCGGCAAGGCUGGCUACGACACCAUUGCCAAGUACGCGCAGGAUGAGCGCGUCGACCUUGUGGUUCCUGGUCCCGAGCAGCCGCUGGUUGACGGCGCUGAGGCUAUUUUCCGCAAGGCCGGCAUUGCCACCUUUGGCCCCUCGCCCGCCGCGGCGCUCCUUGAGGGCUCCAAGGCUCUCUCCAAGGAGUUCAUGGCUCGCCACAACAUCCCCACGGCCGCUUUCAAGACGUUCACCAAGGACCAGUACGAGGACGCCGUCGCCUACAUCAAGUCGGCGCCUUUCUCGUCCGGCCGCUGCGUCAUCAAGGCCUCGGGCCUUGCCGCUGGCAAGGGUGUGCUUAUCCCGGCCGACGAUGCCGAGGCCCUUGAGGCUCUCAAGACCGUCAUGGUUGACAAGGAGUUUGGCGACGCCGGCGACGAGGUUGUCGUCGAGGAGUGUCUCGUCGGCCCGGAGAUUUCCGUGCUCGCCUUUUCGGACGGCUACACCAUUGUCCCCAUGCCUGCUGCGCAGGACCACAAGCGCAUCGGUGAGGGUGACACUGGCCUCAACACCGGCGGCAUGGGCGCGUACGCCCCGGCCCCUGUCGCGACCCCCGAGAUUAUGAAGAAGGUGCUCGAGGAGUCUCUCGAGCCCACCCUCAAGGGUAUGCGCCAGGACGGUCACCCCUUCGUCGGCAUGCUCUUCACUGGAUUCAUGAUCACCCCCGACGGCCCCAAGGUGCUCGAGUACAACGUCCGCUUUGGCGACCCCGAGACCCAGGCCCUCAUGCUUCUCCUUGACGACGAGACCGACCUCGCUGAGGUUAUGCUCGCGUGUGUUGAGCGCCGCCUUGACUCGGUCAAGCUCGGCUACCGCGAGGGCUUUGCCGUCUCGGUCGUCUGCGCCUCCGAGGGCUACCCCGGCAAGUACCCCAAGGGUGUCCCGAUGACUAUUGGCGAGACCCCCGAGGGUGUCGAGGUCUUCCACGCCGGCACUGGUCUCAAGGACGGCCAGCUUGUUACUGAGGGUGGUCGUGUUCUCGCCGUCGCAGCCACCGCCCCCACUGUCCGCGCUGCCGUUGACCUCGCGUACGAGGGCGUCAAGGCCGUUGAGUUCAAGGGCAAGACCAUCCGUCGCGACAUUGCCUACCGCGCCCUUACCGCCGACCAGUCGGCCCCCGCCCCCUCUCAGGGUCUCACCUAUGCCGCUGCUGGUGUCGAUGUCGACGCGGGCAACGCCCUCGUUGAUGCCAUCAAGCCUGUCGUCAAGGCUACCCGCCGCCCAGGUGCUGACGGCGAGAUCGGCGGCUUCGGUGGCGCCUUUGACCUGAAGGCCGCUGGCUUCCGUGACCCCGUCCUCGUCUCGGGCACUGACGGUGUUGGAACCAAGCUCCGCAUUGCGCUCCAGCACAACAAGCACGACUCUGUCGGCAUCGACCUCGUUGCCAUGUGUGUCAACGACCUCAUUGUCCAGGGUGCCGAGCCUCUUUACUUCCUCGACUACUUUGCCACCUCGAAGCUCGAUGUGCCUAUCGCCACGGAUGUUGUCACCGGUAUCGCGCAGGGCUGCCUCGAGUCGGGCUGUGCCCUCAUUGGCGGUGAGACCGCCGAGAUGCCCGGCAUGUACCACGCCGGCGACUACGACCUUGCUGGCUUUGCCGUCGGCGCGGCUGAGCGCGACGAGAUGCUCCCGCGCCAGGACAUGCAGGCUGGCGACGUGCUCAUCGGUCUUCCGUCGUCUGGCCCGCACUCGAACGGCUUCUCGCUCAUCCGCAAGGUCGUCGCUCUCAAGGGCUUGAACCUUUCCUCCCCCGCGCCCUGGGACGAGACCAUGAGCGUCGGCGACUCCCUCCUCAUCCCCACUCGCCUGUACAUCAAGGCUCUUCUUCCCGGCAUCCACGCCAAGCUGUUCAAGGGCAUGAGCCACAUCACCGGCGGCGGCUUCACGGAGAACAUCCCCCGUGUCUUCGCCGGCCGCAGCGACAAGCUCGGCGUGAAGCUCGACCUCAACACGUGGAAGCUCCCCGCCCUCUGGCGCUGGGUUAUGCAGGCCGGCGGCGUCGCGCCCACCGAGAUGGCCCGCACGUUCAACUGCGGUGUCGGCAUGGUUAUCAUCGUCGGCCGCGACCAGCUCGACGCUGCGCUCAAGAGCCUGCGCGAGUCGGGCGAGCCAGGCGCCUUCGUUAUGGGCGAGGUCACCAGCACUGAGGGUGUGGAGUACGUUGGCAUGGAGUCGUGGUCGCAGUAAACGACCCUAGGGUUUAGAUCUUGCGUGGAUUUUAGAUAGGUUGCAUGUACUUUUGGAUCGG